UGACCCCGCCCCUGGCCGCGUGCGCGGGCCGCGGUUCCGGGAAGUCCCCCGAGUCCCUCCAGGAACCGCCGGGACACUCCGAGACCCCCCGGGACCUCCCCGGGGCUCCCCGGGACAUGAGCGCCCCGGGACCGCCGGGCCGCGGGAUGCGCUUCGCCGAGACCCAGCUGCGGCGGCACGGCUGGCGCCGAGGGCAGGGACUGGGCAAACGGCAGGACGGCAUCGCCGAGGCCAUCCGGGUGAAGGUGAAGUGUGACACGGCGGGGGUGGGACACGACGCGGCGGAGCCCUUCACCUUCCACUGGUGGGACCACGUCUUCAACAAGGCGGCUGCCAACAUCGCUGUGGAGGCCGGGCAGGAUGGCAUCUCCGUGAAGGCGCUUUCUGAGCAGGGAGGCGGGAUCAGCAAUAAGAAGCCGCGCAAGGCCGGUGGCACCAGGGACCUGCUGUACGGCCGCUUCGUGAAGUCGGCCACACUCACAGCCUGUGGGGAGGAGUCCGUGACGCUGCCCACUGGCUCCGAGAGCAGUGAGGAGGAGGAGGAGAAGCUGGACCUCUCUUCAGCCAGGAGGCUGACGGACGAGGAGCUGGUGCAGGCGUGUGGGGGCCGCACGGCACACAAGGGUGCCCGUCAUGGCCUGACCAUGAGUGCCAAGCUGGCGCGCCUGGAGGAGCAGGAACGAGCCUUCCUGGCCACGUACCAGCACAAGGAGCAGCAGCAGGAGCUCCUAGAGAGCAGCCCCCUGGCAGAGAGCCAGGGCAAAAAGAAGAAGAAAAGGAAAAAGUCCAGAGACAGAGCCGACCCUGAGGUGCCCCAGAGCCAGGAAUCAAAUGGGGAGGAGGAGGAGGUAUCAGGAAAAGAAGUGAAGGUUGUGAAGAGGAAAAAAAAGAAGAUCUGGGAGCCAAGUGGAGAAGAGGAGCUGAUGGGAGAGGGAGAGAAGGUCAUGAGGAAGAAGGUCACAGAGCCAUGCGGAGAAGAGGAGGCAUCAGGAGAGGAGGGGAAAGUCAUGAAGAGGAGGAAGAAGCCAGAGGCAUGCACAGAACAGGAGGUGGCAGGAGAGGAGGGGAAUGUCAUGAAGAGGAGGAAGAAGCCAGAGGCACACACAGAACAAGAGGUGGCAGAAGAGGAGGGGAAAGCUGCAAAGAGGAAAAAGAAGAAACAGAAACAGAAGCAGGAGGAGGAGGACAAAGAAGAGCCAGCUGAGACAGACAUACCUCUAGAAGGCACAGGUGAGCCAGACCUGGGACACAGCCCCAGGAAGAAGAGAAAAAAGAAGAAAAGGAAGAGGGAGCCAGAGUGAGUAAGUGCCACGGCUGCCGUGUUGUGCAGCUGCCAGUCCCACCUUGCUGUGAGGGUUCUGAUCCUGGUGCUAGUGGGUGCCCAAGGGUGCUCCAGGCUCGUCCCUGACAGAGCCCAAGCACUGUGGCUCAGCCUGGGGAUGCUGGGCUGGGCUGGGUUGGUCUGGAGCUGGAUCGACCUUUAUUUCACCUGAGCCUUCACUGGUCAGGGGUGACCCCAGUUCCCCCCAGGGCCUGGGGCAGGGAACCAUUUGCUGUGGGCUCGUCACAGAAGGACACAAGGGGACAGACCCUGCAGCAUAUUGAAGUAUUUUUUCAAGGGCACAAAUAAAUCUUUAUUGCAGUGAGA